AUGGAGGAGUAUGAGACGGUGUUGUGUUUGGGCAGGGGAGGAUCGGCGGAAGUGUUCCUGAUGAGGCACGUGGAGCAGAAGAGCCUGCACGCGGUGAAGAGGAUAAAAGUAGAGGAUACAAGGAGAGCAAAAACACAAAGGGCAAUUCUCCAAGAGGCUGAGAUCAUUAGGAGGCUGGAGCACCCUCACAUAGUUAAAUGCAGCGAUGCCUUUGUGAACUCUGAUGGAUUCAUUUACAUUGUGAUGAACUACUGCGAUGGUGGGACAUUAGAUGACAAAGUGAAAGAGAGGAAACCAGAGGAGUUUUUCACAGAGGAUACAGUGCUGGGGUGGUUUGCACAGGUCGCUAUGGCUUUACAUUAUAUACACACAGCUAAGGUACUACACAGGGACAUCAAAACAUCCAAUGUACUGCUGACAAAGCAAGGCAUGGUGAAGUUAGGUGACUUUGGGAUAUCCAGAGUGAUGACCAACACAGCUGACAUGGCCUCCACAUGUGUUGGGACACCCAGCUACCUCAGUCCAGAGCUGUGCCAGGACGUCCCAUACAGCUCCAAGUCUGAUAUCUGGGCUCUUGGCUGUCUGCUGUAUGAGGUAUGUGCCCUCAGACCUCCGUUUGCAGCCACAAACCUCCUGAGUCUGUUCUACAAGAUCACCAAAGGAGAGUAUGAUCCCGUGCCCAACAUCUACUCCGACAGCAUCUCCUCUUUGAUCCAGAGCAUGCUCUGCCUCAACCCAGAAAACAGGCCAACAGCUGCCUGUGUACUCAACAGUGCUAAUGUGCAACAUCACCUGGAGUCUAUCAAGCACACAGAGACUGGCUGGGUUAAUGUGUCUGUAUCUGAAGGGAAGAGCUGUGACAAUAAUGUAGAAGGGCAAAACACAGACACCACACUACAGCCAGAUGUUCUCAGUCAGUCCCACCUCUGGGAGGAAAAAGAGCACAACACGGAGGCCAGUUCCAGUGAUUUGGAGGACGAACAUCAUGUGAGUGAUAGAGGACAAAGCCACUGUGACUGCCUCUAUCCUGAGGACUUUGAUGAAGAUGAAAGUUUGUCCUCUCUUGAGGAGUGCAGUGAACACUUGGCGUCGCCCAUAAGGAGUGAUUCUGCUGAAGCUAUUUGUAAUGUAGAAGUAUUUCCGGAGGCUCCUGAUGUCUCAGACCAAGAGUAUCCAGAUGACUUUGAGGAAGCUGAGGUGGAAGAAGAAUAUGAGGAUGAAGUGGCCUCGGUUCACAGUGCUGCUCUUCGGCAGCCCCGUGACGAUGCGGUAGAAGAGGAGUUUCAGCUUUGUGAUGCUGGAGGAUUGACCAUUACACUGAAAGCACUGAAGGAAAAGGGCUAAAAAACUAUCAGAAACUCUUACAGUUUAAUAGACCACAAUGUGAAAUAAAGGAACCUUAACAGCUGGAACAAUGACUUAUCUGACAAAGGCCUUAUUUAUUAAGUGUUUUCUGCACCAGGACACCAGGCCUUCAGUGUCUGAGGAACAGUAUAGGGCUGAAAUAAGACGUUUACUGCUAGAUGACGUUGAAAACACUUGGUGGGGCUAGAGAGAAUGAAUGAAGUCCUGUUCAGUGUGUGCUGUUACAAAUGGCUGUUAAGUGACGUGGAUGUCCCUGAGUGCGGUUUCUGAUUAGCGUCAUAAGGACUGCUGGUAAAGAUGAAUAAAUGAGUAAGCGGAUUAUUUUAUAAAAUACAAAUAGGAAAUUUGGUAUUCAAGCUCUUACAGUAUCUGAAAUCACUUUAUUUUUAUUCUUCAGUAAAAAAAAAGCAACUAACUUGUAAACUACAUUUUAUAUAUCACAGUAUGACUAAAAAAUAUAAAAGCACCAGCAGGAGGUUCAAAUCUUUAAUUUGGAUUCAUAACUUUCUUCAUACCUAUUACAUAUCCUAAUGCUUCACACUGUAUGUUAUUCUCUCAGCUUUCUCUUUCAGUG